AUGCCCGCGAUCCGCAAGGCCUGCGAGCCCAAGUGCGAGCAGUCCUACAGCGCCUACCGCGCCUGCCUGGAUCGCGUCAAGGCCAAGGGCGUCGGCUCGUGCGACGGCCAGUACUUCGACUUCCUGCACUGCAUCGACCAAUGCUCCGUGCCGCAGAUCAUGAAGCACCUGAAGUAA